UUCUUUUUUAUAAGGAUUUUCACUCUUUCUUUUCUUCUGUUGCUAGCCAUGUUCUCUAAUGAAGAUGCUCGUACUGCUGUUGGGAUUAUAGGAAACAUCAUUGCACUCAUAUUGUUUUUGUCACCUGCGCCAACAUUUUAUCGAAUAUGGAAGAAAAAAUCAGUGGAACAGUACUCACCAGUGCCAUACCUAGCCACCUUUGUGAAUUGUGGGCUAUGGGUUCUGUACGGACUGCCAAUGGUGCACCCACAUAGCACACUAGUGGUGACCAUAAAUGGUUCAGGGUUUGUAAUUGAGGUUAUAUAUUUGUUACUCUUUCUUAUAUACUCAGACAGAAAGAAGAGGCUGAGGUUGCUGUUAAUAGUGGCAGCGGAAUGCCUGUUCAUGGCGGUUUUGGCCCUCCUCGUCCUAACUUUGGUCCAUUCGAUAAAACUCCGCUCGGCCAUUGUUGGGAGCAUAUGCAUGGUGGGUAACAUUAUGAUGUACGCUUCACCGUUAGCAGUAAUGAAACUGGUGAUCACCACAAGAAGUGUAGAGUUUAUGCCAUUUUUUCUUUCCCUUUUCUCCUUUCUCAAUGGCAUUAGUUGGACUAGUUAUGCCCUCAUUCGUUUUGAUCCCUUCAUCGCCGCACCUAAUGGGAUGGGUUCACUACUUGGUUUGGCUCAAUUAAUUCUAUAUGCCACCUUCUACAAAUCAACCCAAAGAAUGAUGACUGAAAGGAAGGCCAAAUCUGAGGUGGGCUUGGUAGAAAAAGCAUCUGCAGGAAAUACAAAAAGAUCCAACACUGAGAAUCAAAAUGGCAAUGUUUUAGAAGUUUGACGGAGUAGGCCAUUUCGCAGACUCGAAUUGCAGUUUCUGUGUCUAAUUUCAUCUUCAUUUUUCCUUUGCAUGUUUUCAAAGCAACUUGAAAAGAAUGCUACAGAAAACUUUUCAUCGAUGGUUUAAGGAAAUGGAUGUUUUUGUUGCUUGCUCAAAUAAUCAUUGACAGAAAUUUCAUCGGUGAUAGCCGAUUGUACGAUGAUUGGUGACUUAAUACGACGUACCGUCGUCAACGAUUAUU